AUGGUUCAAGUCUGGAAUGCCAUCACCGUUGCGCUAUUGGCCACCUCGGCAGUCCUUGCGCAUCCGGGCCACAAUGUUGCCGAAGAGGCGGCUGAACGUGCCGAGUUCUUCAAGCGCAACCCCAAGACCAUCCGUUCGUGCGCAGCUAAAUUGAAGGCUCGUGGUCAUGAGUCCGCGAGCAUUUCUCGUCGCCAAGCUCUGGCCGACGGCCUCCGUGUCAAACGAGGUCUUGCUGCGAAACCCAUGAUCCACCGUCGGGACUUCAGCUCGUACAACUUCACACAUCUCUCAGACAACUCGGCCAUCUCUGGUGAUGUCGACGAGAAUGUCCUGUUUGCCGACAACUCCUCCUGCACGUUGCAGACCGAGGUCACUCAGGGCCCCUACUAUGUCAACGGGGAGCUGAUUCGCAAAAACCUGGUCGAGGACCAGAAAGGCAUCCCCCUGACGCUGGACAUCCAGAUCAUCGAUACAACGACCUGCGAGCCUGUCCCAGCGCUGUACAUGGACAUCUGGCACUGCAACUCCACCGGUGUGUACAGUGGAGUGGUUGCCAGUGGAAACGGUAACAGCAAUGAUACCACCAACCUGAACAAUACAGCAUUGAGAGGGAUUCAGCAGACUGAUAGCAACGGCGUCGUUCAGUUUGAGACACUUUUCCCCGGGCACUAUACUGGGCGCGCCACCCACAUCCACGUGCUCACCCACAAUCCCAACUCUACAACCGUGCGUGUCAACGGCACGCUGCUCGGCACAAACAGCUCGACCGAAGUACACGCUUCCCACGUGGGCCAGCUGUUCUUUGACCAAGACCUCAUUUCGCAAGCCGACAAGAUAGCCCCUUACAGCGAGAAUGAGCAGGAACUUACCUUGAACUCGGAGGACAGCAUUUUAUCUCAAGAGGCAGACACGACAGAUCCCUUUGUCGAAUAUGUCCUGCUGGGCGAUACUCUCGAGGAGGGGAUUCUGGCUUGGAUCAGCAUCGGCAUCGAUCCCACCGAAGACCAAGAAGUCAGCGACGCUGCAACAUAUUACAAAGGAGGUGGUGUUGCCAACGGCAAUGGAGACAUGGGCGGCAUGGGAGGCGGCGGCGGCGGAAGCCCACCAAACGGCACGGCUGCUGUAUCUGGAGCUCCCCCCAGCGGGACUGCGCCGGCGUCGACUGCGUCAAGUGUGUGA